CAUUUAAGAGAUAGUCGACACCAUGGUUGCCGCUAAAAUAUUCGUACUACUAGCGUUUUUGACUUUGGUGUACUGUAAAGUUGCACGCCAAACAGAACAAGAUAUUCAAAAUGUAGAGGCCUACAUAGACAGCAAGAAAGGAGAUAUCAACCAAAGGUACAGACUGCAUUACCACGUCGCUGCACCGGUUGGAUGGAUUAAUGACCCGAACGGAUUCACGUAUUACAAAUCGGAAUUCCAUCUUUUUUAUCAAUAUUAUCCAUAUGAUUCAGUGUGGGGCCCCAUGCACUGGGGACAUGUUGCCAGUCGCGAUCUAGUAAAUUGGAAAUAUUUGCCGACAGCUUUAGUACCAGAAACCGAACAAUGCUUCUCCGGUAGUGCUGUGGUAGAUGGAGACACCAUGAUCCUAAUGUAUACUGGACAUAUCAAUUUAGAUGCUGAACCAUGGGCCAACGAAACCCAGUACCUAGCCUAUAGUGACGAUGGUAUAACAUUUCACAAGUACGAAGGAAAUCCAGUUAUAUCCUCUGCUCCUAACGGAUCGCCUGACUUCAGAGAUCCAAAGGCUUGGAAGCACGGAGAUCAUUAUUAUGUAGUCAUCGGUAGCAAGACCGACGACAACCGAGGCCAUGUUUUGCUGUACAGGUCAACGGAUAUGAAGAACUGGGAGUAUUUGAAUAUUAUAGCAGAAUCCAAGGGUGAUAGCUAUAUGUACGAGUGUCCCGAUUUCUUUGAGUUGGAUGGAAAGUUUGUUCUACUAAUGUCUCCACAAGGCAUGGAGCCGCAGGGCGACAGGUUCAAAAAUCUUCAGCAGACCGGAUAUAUAAUUGGGAGUUUCAGCUAUGAUACUUUCGAAUUUGUUCCUGAAGUAGAUUUUCAAGAAAUCGACUUCGGGCACGAUUUUUAUGCAGCACAGACCACGGAAGCGUUUGGCAAAAGAGUCCUUGUAGCUUGGUUUAACAUGUGGGAGCAACCUCGGCCUGAAGCGGAAGAUGGCUGGGCUGGUGCUAUGACAUUGGUUAGAGAACUGAAGCUCGUCGGCGACCGGAUUACGAUGAAACCUUUAGACGCCAUGGCUGUUCUUAGGGAUGAGGUAAAAAUGAUUGGGAUUGUACAACCUCAACAGGAACUGCGUUUUGGAAAAACGGCUGAAUUAAUCGUGGCAGGUGAUUUAGGUCAGAAAAUUGAAUUACAACUCGAAGGUACAGACGGCGGUGAGAAGGCUUGGAUACGUUGGGAGCCUGAAGUCGGCAAAGUAGUAGUAGAUAGAGGUUCAGAUGAUAUUCGGCAAGUAGAAUGGUCGCCAAUCGGUAUGGAUACUUGGAGGAUAUUCCUGGAUGCGAGUUCUAUAGAGCUGUUCUGCGGAGAAGGAGAGGUGGUGUUCAGCAGCCGGUUGUUCCCUGAGGACUUUACAUGUAAAUUAGCGAUAAAUUAUUUAAGAAACAUUGCACGGCAAACAGAACAAGAUAUUCAAAAGGUAGAGGCCUACAUAGACAGCAAGAAAGGAGAUAUCAACCAAAGGUACAGACUGCAUUACCACGUCGCUGCACCGGUUGGAUGGAUUAACGACCCGAACGGAUUCACGUAUUACAAAUCGAAAUUCCAUCUUUUUUAUCAAUAUCAUCCAUAUGAUUCAGUGUGGGGCCCCAUGCACUGGGGACAUGUUGCCAGUCGCGAUCUGGUACAUUGGAAAUAUUUGCCGACAGCUUUAGUACCAGAAACCGAACAAUGCUUCUCCGGUAGUGCUGUGGUAGAUGGAGACACCAUGAUCAUAAUGUAUACUGGACAUGUUAAUUUAGAUGCUGAACCAUGGGCCAACGAAACCCAGUACCUAGCCUACAGUGACGAUGGUAUAACAUUUCACAAGUACGAAGGAAAUCCAGUCAUAUCCUCUGCUCCUAACGGAUCGCCUGACUUCAGGGAUCCAAAGGCCUGGAAGCACGGAGAUCAUUACUAUGUAGUCAUCGGUAGCAAGACUGACGAUAACCGAGGACAUGUUUUGCUAUACAGGUCAACGGAUAUGAAGAACUGGGAGUAUUUGAAUAUUAUAGCAGAAUCCAAGGGUGAAAGCCAUAUGUACGAGUGUCCCGACUUCUUUGAGUUGGAUGGAAAGUUUGUUCUACUAAUGUCUCCACAAGGCAUGAAGCCGCAGGGCGAUAGGUUCAAGAAUCCCCAUCAGACCGGAUAUAUCAUUGGGAGUUUCAGCUAUGAUACUUUCGAAUUUGUUCCUGAAGUAGAUUUUCAAGAAAUCGACUUCGGGCACCAUUUUUAUGCAGCACAGACCACGGAAGCGUUUGGCAAAAGAUUCCUUGUAGGUUGGUUUAACAUGUGGGUGCAACCUCCGCCUGAAGCGAAAGACGGCUGGGCUGGUGCUCUGACGUUGGUUAGAGAACUGAAGCUCGUCGGCGACCGGAUCACGAUGAAACCUUUGGACGCUAUGACUGUUCUUAGGGAUGAGGUAAAGAUGAUUGGCGUUGUACAACCUCAACAGGAACUGCGUUUUGGAAAAACGGCUGAAUUAAUCGUGGCAGGUAAUUUAAGUCAGAAAAUUGAAUUACAACUCGAAGGUACAGACGGCGGUGAGAAGGCUUGGAUACGAUGGGAGCCUGAAGUCGGCAAAGUAGUACUAGAUAGAGGUUCCGAUGAUAUUCGGCAAGUAGAAUGGUCACCAAUCGGCAUGGAUUCUUGGAGGAUAUUCCUGGAUGCGAGCUCUAUAGAGCUGUUCUGCGGAAAAGGAGAGGUGGUGUUCAGCAGCCGGUUGUUCCCCGAGGGUGGGUGGAUUGUUACAAACACCAGCCCCCAGUUUAUUCACGUACAGGCUUAUUCGUUAUGCAGAAGCGUUCCUUGGUGAUUAUUUAUGAUUAAAUCUUAGAUUUAAAAUGUA